CUUCUUCCCUCGGGUUAGGGCUUCAAGCUUCCAAGUUGCUGCUCACUUUCUUCUUCAUUAACCCCAGCGGUCCAACCAGCCAUGGUGUUUGGCGUUGCUCACAUUUCUUCAUCGUUGAAUGAUACUUCCAUUCACAAGAAGCAGCUGACAGAGAUGAAUCCUCCUCUCCUUCUGCUGCAAGCCUUGCAGCACAAAAUGUUGCGCGGCAAUGCAAGAAUUGGCAAUUCUUUAUUUUUCAAGGAACUUGGAGUAACUGCACUUCAUAUCAAAUUCCAAACCACUACAGGUGUGGGGAACACGAGGAAUGCACCGGGACUUGGUGCCCAAUCUGCUUUGAGACCCCUUGCUCGUUCUGGCCUGAAAAUUGGACGCAUAGAGGAUGUUGCUCCAAUUCCCACCGACAGUACCUGAGAUAGAGAGGAAGAAGAGGAAGGAGGCUGCGAUUCCUUUUUACAUCAUUUUAGCCUUUUUACAUCAUUUUAGUCUACAUUG